GGGUCCAAGUUGGACGGUUUCGCUCGAGGGAAGCAGAGUACCUACGACCCGGUAGCACGAAGGGAGAAGGAGCGUGCGCUGAACGCCAAGACCGUGAACAAGUAUCGCAAGCUCCAGAAGCGCCUGGCAGCGGCCGGGGAGCACGAGGCAGGGCACCGUCAUGAGGUGAGUACAGCUUGGUGUGGCUGUGGAAGAUGCGAACAUCAUUCAACACCAGUACAGCUGAUGUCCCCGAUUCGGCAUGCACAGGGCGUGGACGGCUCUGCUGGCACUCUGAGUGGGGCGCCUUCAGCAGGCGCACUCUUUCCCCCAGCCACUGAUGCCCUUGGUUCCCACGGGCACGGCCGCCCUCGCGUAUCGGAUGAUGGAAAGGAAGAAGGGGAGGAUGUCAAUAGUGCCGCCAGAUUUCCUGCAGAGGGACGGAAGUCGCAUGGUUCACAGCUGCUGCGCCUCGCUGAGAAGGUCGGUGCCACGAAGGAGGCUGCUCAUCAGGAGGCAGAGACCAGAAGGGCGGAGGCGGUGGAAAGGAAACGCAAGCUCGCGCAGGACAAGAAACGGCGGGCAGCAAAACAUCAGACAUUAAUGAAAAGGACUGGACGAGGCCAGCCGGUCAUGAAACACCGCAUUGAGAUGCUCUUGGACAAGCUCCAGUCUUGA